AUGUGCCAGAUGUUAAGAAAUCGUCAAGAACAGUUAGAGAACAAGCAACCGUUAAAUCAGCGUGUAGAUUUAAAUAAAAUAGAAUGCAUCGAAGACGUCCCCUGGAUUGAUCGAUAUAUGGAACUAGCUAUAGCACUCGAUGCUGCCGAUAUUAAUAAUAAAGGUAUAAUUAGUAAGACCGAAGCUAUGCAUUUAAUAAACAAGUACAAUGUCAGUCAUAAAUUAAACUAUGACGAUAAAAUUAUUUUAUCAGCAAUUGAUAAUUCGCUGCAACCAGAAAAUAAUAAGCAUAUUUGCAUUGGAAAUUUAUUAGAAGAAUUAAAUAUAUCAAGUCAAAAUUAG